AUGGCUUCAUCUGAAAAGGUCCAGCUGCCCGACGGCUUCCUCGACGGCCCGGCUCCAAACCUCACCAAGCACGUUGUGGAUUUCAAGAAAGAGGGCAUACCAGCAUAUGACGGUCGAUGGGCGGUCGUCAUGGACGGUGUCUUGACGCAAGACGAAUGUGCGUUGUUGACGAAGGCUGCUGAGGUGACUACGGGUGGUCAAUGGGAGAGGGCAAUGGUGAACGUUGGUAACGGCCAACAGCGACUGUACGAGGACACGCGAAAGUGCGGGCGCAUCAUCUGGGACGACCGCGACAUCGUCGCAAAGAUAUGGGCAAGGGUAGCGGACUCCGUUACCGACAUCCACCGGUUGCAGGAUUGGGCAGAGGUGACUGGCAUCGGGCCCGCAAAGCGGAAAGAGACCUGGAAGGUAACGCGCUUGAACGAGCGCAUGAGAUUUCUAAAGUAUGUGGGAGGGGAAUAUUUCAAAGGUACGUAUAUCACUCCGCAUUACUCGGCCAAUGUUGACCGGGUAGCCCACAAUGACGGCUGUUAUGAAACGCCAGAUGGCAGAGAGCGCUCGUAUUUCACCCUCCAUUUGUAUCUCAACGAUGCUGCAGGUCAACUCAAGGGUGGCGCAACCACCUUUUACGACUAUCGAAUGAAACAGAAAAUCGAUGUUGUCCCGAGGAGCGGUCGUAUUCUCAUCUUUCAGCAUCGCAACCUCCUUCACUCUGGCGACGAUGUAUUGGGCGGUAUCAAGUAUACGAUGAGGACCGACGUCAUGUACACAAAAGAGACGCAAGAGUGA